AUGGGAAAUGCCAAGCAAGCCGACAUUCCCAAACCGACUGCAUUGGCUUCUGUUAUGAUUAAUCGAUGGUCUCUGUUGUUGUCAGAUUGCAAGCUGGCUUGUUGCAAUGCAUUAUUAAAUCAGAGGUGGGGUUGGGGAGAUAUUGAAAAAUAUCCGAUGAAUGCAUAUAUUAAGGCAAUCUAUACACCAAUCUCAAUGGCUUCGGAGGAGAUUGUGCUUCCAGAUGACAAGCCUUGGCCUUUCCUCCUUCAUUAUCCUGUCUCUUCUUUUUGUAUCUGUCUGGGAGUUAGCAGCGAAGCCAUUAUGUGGAAAACCCUGGCCACUGCGACCUCUACAAAAUUUCUUCACAUAAACCUGAUGAUAAAUCUCAUUCUAUGGUGGAUAUCUGUGGCUCUAGUGGCCAUUGUUUCUUCCAUCUACCUUCUGAAAGUGAUUCUCUACUUUGAAGCAGUUCGUCGUGAGUAUUACCAUCCAAUCCGUGUCAACUUCUUCUUUGCCCCUUGGAUAUCGCUUCUGUUCUUAGCUCUUGGAGUGCCACCAUCAGUUGCCUCAAACCUGCCAGUAGCUCUAUGGUAUGUGCUUAUGACGCCAAUCUUCUGUCUGGAGCUUAAAAUCUAUGGACAGUGGAUGUCAGGUGGUCAACGGAGGCUUUCGAAGGUGGCUAAUCCUUCAAACCAUCUCUCAAUCGUUGGGAAUUUUGUGGGGGCACUGUUGGGUGCAUCAAUGGGGCUUAAGGAAGGGCCUAUCUUCUUCUUUGCUGUUGGGCUGGCUCAUUAUACAGUCCUUUUUGUAACUCUUUACCAAAGGCUUCCAACAAAUGAAACUCUCCCAAAAGAGCUCCAUCCUGUAUUCUUUCUGUUUGUUGCAGCACCAAGUGUUGCUUCAAUGGCAUGGGCAACCAUCCAAGGCUCCUUCGAUUAUGGAUCACGGAUUGCUUACUUCAUUGCCUUGUUCCUUUACUUCUCACUGGCAGUUCGGGUUAACUUUUUCCGAGGAUUCAAGUUCUCAUUGGCUUGGUGGGCAUAUACGUUCCCAAUGACUGGUGCUGCCAUUGCAACCAUGAGAUAUUCAAGUGUAGUGACAAAUAUGGUAACACAAACUCUUUCUGUCAUACUCUCUGUUGUUGCUACACUCACAGUAACAGCUCUGCUUGUAACGACUAUAUUGCAUGCCUUUGUCCUACGGGACCUCUUCCUUAAUGACAUUACCAUUGCCAUUAGCGACAGAAAACCAAAACCUCAUAAGAAGUGGUUCAAUAUUAGACAUGGAAGCCCAGAUUAUGGUAAAGAUAUUGAAACUUUCUUGAAAUUUGCAAAUGCUGACAGCAAAGAUAUAGAAACCGUCUUAAAAAUUCCCACUGCAGAAGCUACAUGAGUGUAAAGCUUCAUGCAUGGGCCAUUGUGAUCAGCCUUAGUUUCAACCUUCAGCAGAUUCUAGCUAUUUCUUUUAAUCUUCAGCACUCAGACAUCAGACGUGAGGAACAUCUCAGUUUUUAUGUUUCCGGUGACCAUUUGAGCAGAGAGAAAUUGUUGAAGGUUUCUGGCAACUUUCUGCCGCAAGAAAUGUGUAAAAUCAUGAUGAGUUGUAAAUUGCAGUGUGUAUGAGACAGAUUUUGAUAUAUUAAGUUUUGCAAACUUAAGUUCUUGUUGUUAUUGCUUAAAAUAAAGUCUACGAGUUCUUCGAGAUCAUUCAUACGUACUAGGAACUAUCUUUGCUUGUGCUAAACCAGUACGGCUUGGUGUAAACAAUGUGCCAAACAAUGCCCUGGCUUUGCAGCUGGAUACCCAAAUACUCCAUCUGCACAAGGGAGUUGUAGGAACUGAAAACUGCUAACUAAUUGGAUUGAAUCAAAUUGAUAGAUGUUUAAAACUGCAUCUACUUUGGCAAACCAUGUUGAAUUUCCAUAUGACAAAAAAUAACUUCCGUUCAUUUGUAAAGAACAGAACAACCUGAUUAUAGCAUCUUUAUGCACCAUCCUACGCAAUGAAAUACAAAGAUCCUGUAGGAGCAAUCUGCAAUUCACCACAACACAUAACACAAUGCCAGCUACAUGUAACCAGACAUAAGGACAUGCAAAUUGUGAUUGGUUGUCUGAAUGUGAAACUCCACAAGAACUUUCUAUUUCAAUUGUUGGAGGCAAAUUCUUCAGAAUAUGAAAUAUUUGAGGGAAAAGCUUACCCACCUGAAUUUCCUUCUGCAUAGUACCUUGAUUCUAAUGUCAUACAUCAGGCCUUAAUGAGGUAAAUUAAAGUCACAAUAGAGAUGUACGGCGUCCAUUUGUUCUGUUUUCCUCCAAGUCAAUCUAGGAACAGAUACUAAACUUCAGUUGGAGCUUGGCAACUCAAUUUUUCCUAUAAGUAUUGCAGCUUACUUAUUCCAGGAAGCGUUGGCAAUUAUAUGAUCUAUAAGAAGCCAGGUUAUUAAGCUUAUAUUCCUUUAUGGUCGUUAACUAUCACAAAUUGCAAGGGGCCUUAUCCAACUUCGAGCAUGAAAAUGCUAGCAUUAGCUCAACGGCAUGUGAUUUUCAUGGCGACAGUGAUGAAUGCAAGACAAGUACGUAAUGGAAGGGAAAAUGUCUUGGUUCCUCUUAUCAACUCG